UUUUGCCCCGGUAGAAGACCUUGGAAUUUUUGGCCUGUUGAUUGAAUCUCGCAACAUGAUAAUUAUCCUGUUCAUGACGUGCUCGCUGUCCGGAAGUGUUCACAAAAAAAACAAACACUAAAAUUGGACCAUCCGCCAUAUUCGCCAAAUGUGGCCCCGUGCGAAUUUUGGCUAUUUCCAAAAAAAAAAACUGAAGACCGCUUUUGAAGGGUCACGGAUUUUCAGACAUUGCCGACAUUCAGAGACGACCAUAUUGAAGAGCAUUCCAAAAUUGUUCCAGAUAUGUUUUAAACACUGACUCACUAAGGGUCAGCGCACACGUAAGACUUAACCAUCGACUGACUGUUCUGUCGUUGUCGGCUGAAGCAUACGACCCAUAAACGACACGACAGUUCAGUCCACGAGCAUGCGCACACGUACGUCUAAACAGUCGUUCUCUUGUUCUCUUUUGUUCCACGUUCUUCGCUCUAUGCUCGCCGAGUACAGAAGUCAGGAAUGUUGCAAGAAGAGAAUAUCGAACAAUUAAUUGAAAAAAAAUGAAAAGAUUAUGCAAACAUCAAUGUUAAAAGAGUACUUUGGCAAGAGAUUUGUUCAGUUGUGCCAGUCUUUCUUUAGGUGAAAUAGCGAGACGCAUAUCCGUAUCUUGAUAGGUUAUACUCGGUCUCAGCAAUAAUAGAAAUUCAUCAAAACUUUGUGUACUCAUGCGAAAAUAUGAAAAGAAUUUUGCAUGAUAAUUCCGUAAUGUUUCAUACAUAGUAUGGAAUUUUCCUUUGAACAGUCUCUCACUGUAUAAUGGAUGCACCCAGUAAUUCCUUUUCCUCCUUUUAUUGAGGCGCAUCACAAGUGCACAUACUAUAGCAGUUUCAACAAAAUCCAUGUUUGACAAUCGUCUACUGUCUGCAAAUGCUCUUACGAAAUGAAAGGCAGAACAACUGAAAGAUCGUUCGUCUGCGCGCUUUCAUAUAAUUCGAAGGGCCAACGACAGUUGGUAGACAGAAGAGUCCGGGGUUGUAGGUAGAGGUAACCGACUGCCAGUCGUGUCGCUGUCGUGUCGUAACAGUGUGCGCAUCUCCAUAUGUUAUUAAGGGCUUUGUGUCGUCUGACUGUUUGUCUUACGUGUGCGGUAGCCCUAAAGUGUACUGGUAUGCAAGGAGACUACUUCGAAGGUAACAGGAACCAUUUGUGUUUAGAAGCGCCUCUGGUUGUGAGAACCUGAAAGAGACUAAAGAUAAGAAGCUGGAUGGAAAGUUUACUUCCGUGAAGUGUAACACAGGCCCUUCUUUUGCAGGACUUGAAACUACAAUGAAUUAAUGAAAAGAACUGAGGCUACUGUGAGAAUGUGCUUAUGUGUCAAAGUACCACCAUUUCACUCUGGGAUUCAUAGCCAUCAACGUCUCUCAGACUUCUCGCAGUUCUACCAUGCAAGGAGAUGACACUGUCUAUGAACAAGGCGUCAUUGACGGGCGUUUCCGCGUCAUCACGCACUUGAUGACUGUAGGCGCUACGCCCAUAUUCCCAGACAGGACGUCACUCGCGUACAGAGCGUACCAAAUGAUCAUCGUAGUGAGUGCGUAUCUCACCUUCAUAACGGCCGUUAUCGGCAUCCUGAAGAAUUUUCACGACGAGGGUUUCGUCAUGGAAGCUGCAAGAACUACCUUUACCAUGAUCAACGUUCUCUGGACCCACUUCUUCACCAGUAGGAAUAUGCAAGGUGUUCGCAACUUGGUCAGGAUGGCAAGGGAAUGGUCGGAGUUGGCUGGUCGAGUUGCUGACAAGAAGAAGGACGCAUGGAUUUCUCGUAUCCAAAUAGUGGCUUGGCGAGGAAGUGGCUUUUUCUACUGCAUCCACAUAAUUUAUUUGGUUUUACGCAUCGUAAGCCAGAGUAAUAAUAUUCUCUUUUACAACUCCUGGAUCCCAUUUGAGACGGAAACCAAUUUUGGAUAUUACUUCAUAUUAGUUGUUCAGGCCCUCGGCAGCAUCCUGUAUGCUUGCUUGGUGUUCGCGAUAAUGACUCUGUUUGCGUCGCUGCUACUUGUGGUCUGCUCCGAACUGGAAAUGUUACAAGGAAUUCUGAUGGAAAUGAAGCAGAAUGAGGGUGAACCACAGUCAGCGGUAAAGGAGAGUUUGGCUCAGUGGGUGAAACAUCAUCAGCAGAUACUGAGGUACCUCAAGGAACUGGAGGACACUUUCAAUGUGGUUUUGUUGGGGCCACUGCUGUCUGUUGCUGUGAUUCUGUGUCUGACUGCGUAUACUGCUGUCACGAUUUCGGGAAAUUUUGUCGAGAUUAUACAAAUCUGUCUUAUCACAUCGGCCAUGCUGAGUCAGUUACAAAUAUUUUGUUAUUUCGGAAAUGAACUCACGAUUCAGGUUCUGAACGAGACGUACACCUAUUUCAUGUUUCUGUUGAAUUUUAGUAACAAUUCUUCGGAACACAAGUAGACAGAGUAGCAAAGUACGUAAUAGACGAAGCUAGGUAAGUAGGGAAUGACUAAGAAAUUAGCAAAACAUCGUAGGGCUUAAGAAUUUCACUGCAUAUUGAGUUUAGAUUCUGGGCUUCUGGUUGCAUUUCAACCCCUUGAAGAAAUACGCUGAUACAAUUUUUAUGGUUCAUCCACGAAAAGUUGGUAUACAUCAAGACUGCGUGGACCAGAAACCCUUAAGACUAGAUAUUGAAAAUAAAAUAUUUAUUUCACAAGUAAAAGAAAUGCUAAUCAAUCAUAAUGAUAACUUAUUGUUAAUUGAUUAUAGUACAUCUUUUACUAGUUACAUCACACUGUGUUUGGCUUUAAAAUACAGUUACACUCUUUUACAACUUAGUUAAACAUAAAUGUUUAUUCAAAUGUUUUAUUAAUUUGUAAUUGUUAAGUAUAUAGUAAUCAGUUAAUACAUUUAUUUAUUCCUAUAUAUAAAUGCAAUUAUAAAACGAGUUUUAAUUACGGAUAUGAGAUACUUUUCGAAAAUGAUGAAUGGACAAACGUUUAAUUAGUGAAAUAUUAUAAUAAUGAGGACAAAUCAUGAAUAACGUAAGCAUAAAAAAAUACUAGAACAACUAUAAUAGAAAAUUAAUUAUAUUAUAUACAUUUUAAUUAAAUAUUUUCACGGCUUGUUAAGUCAUACUAAUAUAUAAAUUAUUAGAAUUCUUAAAUUUUGAAGGCACUUAGGAACUGAUAAUUGUUUCCGUCAAUUGAAUGAAAAUCACUCUUACGUUUAA